AUGGAGCAAGGACAAGGCCUCUGGAAGAAGCGCAUCCUCGUGCCCUUCUGGAUUGUGCGAAUAUGUCUCAUGAUAUUCAUCAUCGCCAUAUUCGCCUACACCCUACGCACGCUGAAAGAUCUCAAGGACUUUACUGAGCCAGGACCCGGCACUGUCGUCCUCUUCAUUCUCUUCAUGGUCAUUGUGCUGUUGAUUGAUGUGCUCGCCAUCCUUCUCUUCCUUCGGGAUAAGCUUAAGCCGGGCACCUUCCUAACCAUGAACUGUUUCCAGACUGGCUUCUGGGCCGGAGUUCUGAUUGUCGACUUUGUAGCAAUUGGCCAUGGCGCAAGCCCCGUCGGAAUCGGCUUCAGCAUCUUUGUCUUCCUUACGUUCCUUGGUCUCCUCAUCUACUCAAUCAUCGGCCACCGUCGCGCAAAAGCCGCAGCCCAGCGAGGCCACUAUGCGCCCGCCCACAACCCAGCCAUGCCUGCUACCGACUUGCACGGCACUCCCUACUUUGGCGCGCCCAAUAACCAUCAAAAUACCGCAUACCAUUCGCAGACACACCCACCCGCAGAUGCGCACGAUCAAUAUGCUGCUGCUCCUCCAUACCAGGCCGGUGCUGCAGGCGACUAUUACCACCAGCAGCCCAUGAAGCCUGCUCACAUUGUUUGA